UUUUUUUCUGCAGCGCGCACACUCUCAGCAUCUUUUCUUGAUCACCCCCCACCCCUUGCAGAAAAGGGUGGGGCCGCCUCUCUGCAGCAGAGACGGCGGCGGCAGCGGCUGCGGCAUCACCAGGGGUAUCGAGACGGCAGAGGCAGCUGGGUUCGCUGCUCUGUCUGGGUUGGAGGUGACCGCUGCCUAGCCCUACUAGGCGGCCGACUUGAACCAGACAGAAAGGAGAGAUGAGCCUGUUUGCGGGUCCUGCCCAGUCCUCUCUCUGCGCCAUGGCUUAAGGCCACAGCCUCCCUGCCAAACAUCUCCUCACUCGGCCGGGGUCUCCACGACACCGUAGCCGCAGGGAGGGCGCGCCCAGACGCCCUAGGCCUGGAUUCUGGAACGCCGAGCCUCGCUCCCAUCCGUCGCCGAAUACAGCAGGUUCUCUGCCGAAGGCGUUUGCAGUCGGUAAUCGAGGGACUUUGCGGACUUUAUUUCAGCUAUACCUCGUCCCCGGGUGCUCUUUGAGGGAGGAGGACGAGGCAAACGACUGCUAGGAGGAGCGAGCGGUGGGAACCACAUUGGCGGGUCUGGGUUGGGGUUAAAGGGAGACUGGAGGUUUGAUUUAGGACCACCAAAAGAGAGAGACGACCGGUUUUGCACCUAGCAUCAUGGCGUGGCCGUGCAUCACAAGGGCCUGCUGCAUUGCCCGCUUCUGGAACCAGCUGGACAAGGCGGACAUUGCGGUGCCGUUGGUUUUCACCAAGUACUCGGAGGCCACCGAGCAUCCAGGAGCCCCGCCGCAGCCGCUAGCGCCGCUGCAGUCAGCGAUAGCGCCCCCCUCGCGCGCUGUCGCCAUAGAGACGCAGCCGGCCCAGGGUGAGUCGGAUGUAGUUGCCCGGGCAACAGGGCCAGCGCCCGGGCCCAGCGGCGACCGCGAGACUGCAACCGCCCCCGGCCGGAGCGGGCUGGGUCUGGGCGCGGCCUCUGGCUCCACUUCCGGCUCAGGCCCCGCGGACUCGGUGAUGCGCCAGGACUACCGAGCUUGGAAGGUGCAGCGGCCAGAGCCCAGCUGCCGGCCGCGCAGCGAGUACCAGCCCUCCGACGCGCCCUUCGAGCGCGAGACCCAGUACCAGAAGGACUUCCGCGCCUGGCCACUGCCCCGCCGCGGGGACCACCCCUGGAUCCCCAAGCCGGUGCAGAUCCCUUCGACAUCGCAACCUUCUCAGUCUAUUCUUGGGGUACCCAAGCGUCGGCCGCAGAGCCAAGAGCGCGGGGUCAUGCAGACCUCUGCCGAAGCCCGGGACCCGGAAGGCGCUGGAGGAGCCGGGGUGCCGGCGGCGGGAAAGGCGUCCGGUGCAGACCAGCGCGACACACGCAGAAAGGCUGGGCCCGCGUGGAUGGUGACUCGCAACGAAGGGCACGAGGAGUCGCCUCUGCCCCCGGCCCAGUCCCUGACCCAGGAGGGCGGCCCUGCAGCUGGAAAGGCCUCUGGUGCAGACCAGCGUGACACACGCAGAAGGGCCGGGCCCUCGUGGAUGGUGACUCGCACCGAAGGGCACGAUGAGUCGCCUCUGCCCCCCGCCCAGUCCCUGACCCAGGAGGGCGGCCCUGCAGCUGGAAAAGCCUCUGGUGCAGACGAGCGCGACACCAGGAGGAAGGCGGGACCGGCCUGGAUGGUGCGUCGCUCUGAGGGGCACGAGCAGACACCCGCUGCCCAUGCUCAAGCCGCAGGGCCCGAAGGUGGCAAAGGGCGCGCCGUGGCAGAUGCCCUCAAUAGGCAAAUCCGGGAGGAGGUGACGAGUACAGUGAGCAGCUCCUACAGGAACGAAUUCAGAGCAUGGACAGACAUCAAGCCUGUGAAACCAAUCAAAGCCAAGCCCCAGUACAAGCCCCCAGACGACAAGAUGGUUCACGAGACCAGCUACAGUGCCCAGUUCAAAGGGGAGGCCAGUAAGCCCACGGCAGCUGACAACAAGGCCAUGGACCGCAGAAGAAUACGAAGCCUCUACAGCGAGCCUUUCAAGGAAUCCCCGAAGGUAGAGAAACCUAGUGUUCAGAGUUCCAAACCAAAAAAGACCUCAACGAGCCAUAAGCCCCUGAGGAAGGCCAAAGACAAGCAGGCGGUAUCGGGCCAAGCCGCCAAGAAAAAGACCGCAGAGGGCCCCAGUGCCACCAAGCCCGACGACAAGGAGCAGAGCAAAGAGAUGAACAAUAAACUGGCUGAGGCGAAAGAGAGCCGGGUCCAACCCGCCAGUGAUGCACCUAAGAAUCAAGGGCCUGUGGCCAAAGAACCACGCAAGGAUCAAGGGCCUGUGGUCCCAGGGCUUUCGAAAGGCCAAGGUCCUGUGGUCCAAGAGCCGCUGAAGGACCAAGGCCCCAUGGUGCCAGAACUGUCAAAGGAUCAAGGUCCCGUGGUCCCAGGGUCCUUAAAGGAUCAAGGCCCUACACCCCUGGGUCCUCCAAAGGAUCAAGGUGCUGUACUCCCAGGGCCCGUGAAGGAUCUAGGUCCAGUGGCCCCAGCGCCAGUCAAGGAUCAAGACCGCGUGGCAUCCGAGCCUUUGAAGAACAAGGAUUCUGUCACCUUAGCACCAGCCGAAGCCCAAAGCCCUUUGAAUCAGAGUCCCGUGGUUCCAGUCAGAGCUAAGGAUCAAAGCUCCCCAACACCAGCACUUCUGAAGGACACCGGUCCUAUGGCCCCCGAACCUGGGAAAGAGGGAACUCCCAUGGCCCCCGAGCGUAGGAAGGACCAGAACGCCACAGUCACGGCGCCUCUGAAGAAUGAAGCCCCUGUGGUCUCUGAGUCCGUGAAGAAGCAAGGUUUAGCAGACCCAGAGCCAGUCAAAGGUAUAGGUACAGAUACCGUGGUUCCCAGACAGAUGAAGGGCUAUGAUUCCGUGUUCAUAGCACCUGUAAAGAGCCAAGGUCCAGUGGCCCCUGAGCCGGUGAAGAGCCAAGACCCCAUUAUCCCAACACUAGCCAAGGAUCAAGGUCCCAUAGUCCCAGAACCUCCAAAGAAUCAAAGCCCUGUGGUCCUUGGGUCUGUAAAGGAUCAAGACCCACUUUUCCCAGUACCUCUGAAGGGUCAGGAUCCCCUGGUGCCAGCCCCAACAAAGGACCAAGGUCCUGCAGCCCCUGACCCUCUGAAGAUUGAAGGUCCCAGAGGCCCUCAGCUGUCCACAGUCUCACCUUCACCCCCAGUCAUGAUCCCAACCGUUCCCCAUGCAGAAUAUUUUGAGGGAUCCCCUUGAUUCCCCUGAAAUGCCGUGAAGGAGCAGGCCACGGAAGAGCUCCCCUCCUGGGGAGGCAAAGGCACACAUUUAUUCUGCAUGGAACCGUGCUGUGCAGUCUUGCUGGAACCUAAUAAAACCGUGCUGUGCAGUCUUGCUGGAACCUAAUAAAACCGUGCUGUGCAGUCUUGCUGGAACCUAAUAAAACCAUGCUGUGCAGUCUUGCUGGAACCUAAUAAAUAAAACCGG